GCACUUGCAAUCCAAACAACAAACGAACAUGGCUGAGGGCGUGGUGCUGCUGCUGGUCGCACUGUUGUUGUUGACAGUGGCAGCAGCAGGGACGGCUGACGCCGUGCAAACGGGUGGCGAUCAAGACCCAUGCACGUGUGGACCUUUCUCAUACGCAAAUCCAAGCAAACCGGGCCCAGGCCCCACCACAUACGAGACAGGUGUGGACUAUCCUGGAAACGACAUGGCGCCAUGCGGGUCAAAUGGUUGCACCAUGCCCACCAGCACCACGCACUUAGACUGUGAAACAAAGUGCAACACAACAGCUGGCUGUGUCGCGUAUGUGUUCAGCACAUCCGGCUGUGACGUGCCAAAGGGAUCCAACACGUGCUGGCUCAAGAACCGGGUCGGCGUGAAGGUGCCCAACACCUGUAGGAACUCGCGCAUCGUCAAGCAAGCGCCUGGCGAACCCCCGUAUUGCCCACUCACCACAAAGUGGGCCAAAGAAGUGAACCCAAGCACGAGCGUCCCAUUGCCAGAGUACCCUCGCCCGCAAAUGGUGCGUGACACCAAUUGGACCAACCUCAACGGCUGGUGGGAGUUCCAGCCCGCAGACCCGAAACAACAGCCGCCCUUUGGCAAGAAGCUGAACAGCACAGUCAAUGUCCCGUUCCCCGUGGAGGCGUGCCUCUCUGGCGUGUGGCAAACACACAUGCACCUGUGGUACCGCCGCGUGUUUGCUCGACCUUCACCGGCAUCAUCCAGCGACCGCGUGCUGCUGCACUUUGGUGCCGUGGACUGGCAGACGCAAGUGUUUGUGAACAAACAGCUAGUCGGCACGCACACGGGCGGAUAUGAUGGGUUCACGUUUGACAUCACCUCGUACCUGCGGACAAGUGCUGAGAAUGAGCUGUUUGUGUCUGUGUACGAUCCGUCGGAUUACGGGCAGCAGGUGUUUGGCAAGCAGCGCAUCUCAGCCAUCACCGCUGCUGGUGGCGACACAUACACGCCAUCGUCAGGCAUCUGGCAAACGGUGUGGCUGGAGGUUGUGCCACAGGUGCACAUUGCCAAUGUCACGCUGCUUGCAGACCUCACCACCCUCACCAUGACGGUGAACGCAUCGGACGGUUCUUCCCGCCCCUUCUCCUACACCGUCCACGACGGCUCUUCCAAGGUCGUCUCUGGCAAUGGCACAUCGGGCGCACCACACAGGGUGACAAUUCCAAACCCAAAGCUGUGGAGCCCCGCCUCCCCUUUCCUGUACAACAUCACCAUCACCAUGGGCGCAGACACUGUCACCUCGUACUUUGGAAUGCGCACAUUCACCCUGGGCAAGGACGAGCACGGCGUGACGCGGCCGCUGCUCAACGGCAACUACACCUUCCUCGCGGGCUGGCUCGACCAGAGCUACUGGCCCGACGGCCAAUACACAGCGCCCACGGACGAGGCACUGGCGUCGGACCUGUACGCUGUGAAGCGGUAUGGCCUGAAUAUGGUGCGCCUGCACCAGAAGGUCAACUCGGAGCGCUGGUACUACUACGCCGAUCUGCUCGGCAUCGUCGUCUUCCAGGAUAUGGUGCAGCACUAUGGUGACGCGCACGGCAUCAAGCCUGACCCCGAUCUCUACUUCCAGGACUUGCGCGCCAUGAUCGUCGGCAGGUUCAACCACCCGUGCAUCGUGCAGUGGGAGGCCUUCAACGAAGGAGACAUGGUUGCCCACUUCAACCCACAGCAGGCUGUUGACUUCAUUCGUGCGCUCGACCCGUCUCGCCUGGUGGACACGGACUCCGGUGGCCCCGCCAACAACCUCCACAUUGGCGACGUCAACGACAUCCACGACUAUCCCAACCCACAAGAUCCCAAGCCGAGUGAUACACAGUACGCCAUGAUUGGCGAGUUUGGGGGUAUUGGCGCGUUCAUCCCUGGCAAGGAGUGGUGGCCAGCCCAAUGUCACACCUAUUUGCACGUGGAUACCCCACUGGAGGAGGCAAACACCUACAUCAACAUGACAAACAUGAUCUACAACUGGCGCAGCGACAUUUCUGCCUCGGUGUACACUCAGAUCACCGACGUGGAGUUGGAGUGCGAUGGGUUCAUGACGUAUGAUCGGGUGGACAAGUUUGACUCAGACACGAUCGGCCGCAUCGCCAAAGCCAACCAGAGGCUCAUCCACGGAAACUGACUUCAGCUGCUCUGUUACAAUUUGCAAAUGCCUGCAAUUUGAUGUCGCACAAAAUGGCAUUUAAGUGUCCAGCUCAACAGAUUUUUUUGCAAUUUAAACAUGGGGUACUGCGUACCAAGUCGACUAAUGCGUCCUAUUUCUUGUGUUGUCUGUGAGAAACGUAUGCCAUCGCAACUAUCCACCAGGUACUCCAAGUUGUGGAUGCGUUGCAAAACGGGAAGCUGAGCCAAACAAGCC